UGCCAAUUUUAAAUAGCAUAUCACAGAUAAAAUUCUUCACGAGUUAGCAAAACCUUGAAGAUAUGAUAAAAUAUGUAAAUGAAGUAUUGCACGCCGGUGUUUUUCUUUUCUGGGAGGAUGCAAAUACUGAUAAUAAUACGUCAGACAUGAUUCUUAUCACAUUUUAAAAAAACAUGAUAUAAAUGGUCGAAUGGAAAAAUGUAAACACAUAGCAGAAGUUUAGAAGGUUACUGAAUAUGAAAUAUAUGAGAUUUUCUUCAAACCAUUGUCAAUGCCUAUCAUAACAGCCACUUAUGUGUUUGACUGAAGUAGAAGUAAAGGAGGAUUUUGUGUUUUAACCAUUCUAUAAGAAAAUGAUGUCGAACGUCACAGUCUUGAUAAGUAAUUAUACGGAUUAUUUUGGACCAUUUCAGACUGGAUUAUUUGGAACUUGGUUAAUAAUUAUAAUUAUAGCUUCAAUAAUAGGAAAUAUGAUGGUAAUACUUGUUAUACUUCGAGACAGUAACAUGAGAGCAGCUAAAAAUGGCACCAAUUUAUUUUUAUUCAACUUAGCUAUUUCUGAUAUGAUGGUCGGAAUUUGCAUGGCACCGGUAUCUUUGAAUACACUUAUUUACGAAAAAUGGCAGUUUUCGCAAUGGUUUUGUAGUAUGAAUAGUUUUCUAAAUUCUGUAUUUUUGUCGUUAUCCAUUCAUACUCUGAUGUAUAUAAGCAUACACAAAUAUUUCUCAUUGAAACGACACUCAAAUUUAGACCGAACAUUUAUUUCUCGAAAAAUAUGUGUAUUGAUGAUAGUUGCAGCUUGGUUAUGGGGGAUCAUGCUGGGUGUCGCUGCGGUAUCUGGACUAAGUAAAGCAGUCUAUAGUCAAAAGAAACUUCAAUGUGGUCCGAUGUACCCAUAUUUCAACAUCCCAAAAGAUUCAAUUCUGUUUUUCGCUAAUUUUACAAUAAAUCUCGUGCUACCAAUUGUGAUUAUGGGAAUUACAUACAAAAAAAUAUUUACAAUUCUGCAUCAGUCUGCUAUUUUCCGACGGAAUUCCGCCAGUAGCACAGAAGAUAUUUUUUCCGAUGACAAACGAGUAAUCAUCACGCUGAUUCUUGUGUUGGGAGUAUUCAUUGUAUGCUGGUUACCUUAUGUUGUAUACAUUUUCUUGGCUUUGAUGUUAGAGGACAAAAAAGAUAUUCCAUCAUACAUAAACCCGUUGGCUUACUGUUCUGGUUUUACAAACAGUAUAUGUAACCCGGUUAUAUACGCCUUCCGAUUUAAAGACUUCAGAAAAGGAUACAAACAGAUUUUACAAAGGUCGUCCUGUAUGAGUACCAGAGAUUUAAGAAUGAUUGAACUUCAGGAAUCUAGAAGACCCUCACAGAACUUGAUAUGUGUAGAAAAGAAUAGAAUUAUAAAUAAAUGAACAUUAUCAUUUCCUCUACAAUUAAUGUAAUAGAAAAACAGAUAGUUAUUAUUGAAAUAUUGUUUCAUUUAUAUUUUUUUCGCUUGUAAGAUCUAAACAGGUGGUGACAUGACCAUGACAAGAAAUCACAGAUUCGAUUACUAUUGUAAAAUAAACAUACUCAAACUAUAAUAUUUAGAAAUUAGUAUACAUAUAUCAUUAUUAAAGAAUUUUAGUCAAAGACUAUAUGAGAAAGUAUACGUGACUAGUUGUAUUAAUAAACCGUCAGCAGCACAAAUAGAAAACAUUAUAAAUACUGGUUUUCGCAGCCAACAUUUCAAAACUAAUCAUUUAUCUGAUAUUGACUGAUAUUUUUUUUAUGUUUUGAAGCAGCGCUAUUUGAUAGUGCUAUCUGAUCAACUUUUCUGUAAUUUAUUUAACAAAGAUAAUCAGUGAC